AUUGCGCAUGCGCUGAUUUCAUUACAGAAGCAUGGUUGGCAGUGUGUUAUUUUAUGUCCUAUACCCCUUGUCGAGGUUCCUGACCGGUCGACAGUCAGAGGCCCCCCAAAAGGGUCACCCUGCAGUGGUUAAUGGCAAGGCGGUGUGGGAUGGUGGUGCUGUCAAAACCAGGAGGUUCACCCAGACUCAGACAUCGCUGCUGGACCAGUGGCUCAGCUCAAGCAGUGGGACGGAGACAGAAAAGAAAGAAAGGAUGAAGGAACCAGUCCCAGAAGAGAAAUGUGAUACCAGGCCGCACACGGACAAAGAAGAACUUAUUCCUGUCCUGCAGAAUGAUGCCACUUCAAAGAACAGUGACGUUCAGCCUGCAGAGAGAAGAAAUGGAAAGGUACAUGAUGACCAAGAGGAAGCUCCAGAGAAAGAGACGAGAAAAAUUCCACAUGAGUUUGAGGAGUAUUACGUCACACAACACACACAGGAGGGGAGUGUUUUUCGAACUGAGGACAUAACCCCACAGCAAGAUCUUUGUGCACAGUUAGAGUGUCUAAAAAUGGAGGAAAGCGCUCCAGAAACGAUCUCUUCUGUGCUGGAGAAAUUGGAGAAACCAAGCUUGGAAGAUCCAGCAACUUCAGCUCAGACGAACAUACAAGAAGCGACCUGUCAAACACAGGAACAGACGCAGCUACCGACAGUGACAGAGUUGAAGGCUCCAGAUAAAACCCCAGCAGAAAUAACUGAGUUCUGGGAUGAUUAUUUACUUCCUGCUGCUGAUGAAAUGCAAGAGGGGGGAAGCAGUUCUAAGCUGGUAUUUGCCUCCCCUCUCUUUAACACUCAAACCCACCUUCAAAUCUGCAAUGAACAUGAUACACAAACUGGCUGGCACUUUCCGGCAGGGCUUGGACUAGCAGAAGAAGUGCAGUGUCCACUGUGGCAAUUUCCUGCAGUGAGCUAUUACCCUCCAUUAGAGCCAACAGCACAGUUUGAAGUAAUGUGGAGAGUGUGGGAGGAGGUGGAUGAGAGUGCCCCUGCAGAAGGUACUUCCCUAAAACCCCUCCCAUUCACAAACGCCUCAAUGGAGUUCACUGUUAUGUCCUACAACAUCCUUGCUCAGGAUCUACUUGAGGCCAACGAGGGGCUGUACACACACUGCCCCCUGGAGGUGCUCGACUGGAGCUACCGCUGCAGCCUACUUUUAGAGGAGAUACUGAAAUGGGCACCAGAUAUUUUGUGUCUUCAAGAGGUUCAGGAGAACCACUACCAGGAACAACUCUUUCCGGUCCUGUCCCAGAUGGGCUACAGCUGUGUGUACAAGAGACGUACAGGAAACAAGACGGACGGCUGUGCUACUUGCUAUCGUAGCGGUCGCUUCUCUGAGCUAUCAGUCACCCUGCUGGAGUUCCUCAGGCCUGACACAGAGCUGCUGGACCGGCACAAUGUGGGCAUCGUUUUGUUGCUUCAGCCAGUGGUCACCAAGGGCCCAGAGAUCAAGGCAAAGGGUCCACCGCUCUGUGUGGCCAACACCCACCUGAUCUUUAACCCAAGGAGGGGCGAUGUGAAGCUUGCUCAGUUAGCCAUACUGUUGGCAGAUAUUGACAGUGUGGUUAAGUCAUGCAAGGCAAAAGGUGAACACUGUAACCUUAUAUUAUGCGGCGACUUCAACGCCCUCCCCCACACGCCUCUGUAUCAGCUGGUUGCCACAGGGGAGCUCUACUUCCAGGGUUUACCAGCAUGGAUGAUUUCAGGUCAGGAGGACCUGUCAUACAACAUCCACUGUCACAGACUGCAAGCUCCGCUGUGGCCCAGCAGUGUAGGAAUCACAGACAGCUGCCAGUACUCGACUGUCAAGGAGAUACUUGAGAACCAGCAUCAAAAACCAGGGAACCGUCAGUUCAGUCAUGACUUCCUGCUGCAGCUGCGCUUCUGUCCAGCUGCAUGUGUCCGCCCUCUGGACUUGGUACUGAUCCCAGGCGUCACUGACAACACACCAGAUGCUUCAAGGAAAAAAAAUCUGCCUUAUGAUAAAAGUUUCAGACACACAAUCCGUCAUCAGUUUGACCUUGAGUCAGUCUACAAACACAUUCUCCCAGGCUCUGGCUACCCAGAAAUCACGACCCUGCACUCUGAAGGAGCAGCCACUGUCGACUACAUCUUCUACACCCAAAGACGGCUGUUAACUCCUGAUCAAAACGUUGGUGGUAACUCGGUGAAUGAGGGUCUGCAGCUCAUUGGAUCUCUCUCUCUCCUAUCAGAGGAUGUUUUACUGUCAAUGAGGGGUCUUCCCAAUCACAUAUUCCCCUCUGACCAUCUCAGUCUUCUUGCCAAAUUCCAGCUGGAACUGAAUGCUUCAUGAAGAAAAAAAGAGUCUGACUAAAUUUAAAGGAUGACAGCAUAAUGCAUAUUUUGGUUCAAAUGGUUAUGCCCUGUUAACAUUUAGUUCAUUAUCUUUUCAGUAUGAUACUGUUGUGGAUUAAUCCUAAAUCAUAGUUUUCUAAGUGAAUGUAAGUUUAGAGUGAAAGUAAAGAAAGAGUCUGGUUCCUCAUGGUGUUGAUGAGAGGAAAGAUGCAGCGCUUUAACUGAGAUAUGACAAAUCAUUUCAAUGAUUCUGUAAUAGUUAAUUUAAAGACAGGUAGAGGUCCUUCAAGACUUAUUGGUGUCAUAACUCACCUGUUCAUUUGGAUAUGGUUUGUUCUGUUUUAAUUUAUUUGAACAGUUUUUUGAAAAGGGAAUUAUUAUUUAUUUUUUCAGAUGGGAAAAAUAUUGAAUAA